UGUUGCUAAGAGAAGGACUCGCAAUACUGCAUUCGGUAGCCAACCCCAUAAAUGGCGACAACUUGCAUGUUGCUUUCAAAACAAAUCAAUUGAGGGAAGGUGCUGUCAUUUAAAGCUAUGACCAUGGACAAAUUGGAGGGUGAGGCAGUGAUAGAGGUUGAGCGUUUGUCCAAGCUUGGAACAGCACGGUUUCAACAAGGACACAAGAAAAAGGCUUUAGAAGCAUAUCGCAAUGCCCACAAAGCAUCACAAGCCCUUGGGCAGUUUGGAUAUAUUCAGCGUGCUUGUGCCUUCAAUCUAGGAGCCAUGCUUAUCUCUUAUGGAAACUUCAGUGAAGGGCUCUUAUAUCUGAAUCAGGCCGUACCCCCUGAGGGUAAGUGUGAUGGAAGAUCCAAUGGCGAUUUGUUUUUUAACUAUGGACUGGCUCACGAAGGGCUGGAGAACUGGUCAGAGAGCGUACAGUACUUUCGUAAAGCUUUGAAAGAAUAUGAGUCCGAAGAAAGUAAUAUGAAAAUGGAGACGGACACUAUUCAAAGGCUCGCAAAGCUUUCAAAAGAAGCAGGUUUCUUUCAGGAAGCAGAUACUUGGCUGCAACAACUGACUGCAGCCUAUAAUAAAUCAGGAGAACGAGAAAAGUCUUUGCAGACGCAAGCUGAGCAUGCCCGCCUUCUUCUUGAAAAGCUAGGCAGAGCAGACGUGGCCGAGGUGGUGGCUGACCAGUGCUUUGAAAGUGUUGAGAAAUGUCCUUCAUCAAAAGUGCUUGGUUAUGUCCUUGUGGAGUUGGUCUUGGUUUACACACAAACGCACAACUAUGCCAAAGGGAUUCAGUGCUGUGAACAAGCCCUAUCCCUCCACGGCAUGAUCCAGGCAGAGCCUAAGCUAGCCGCUGUAGUGUUUCAGAACCUUGGGGCUAUCUACAACCACAUGAAGCAGUACGAAUCUGCUGUUGAGUUUCACGCAAAAGCUGCUGAGAAACACGCUGUACUCAAGGACAGGAGGAGCCAAGGUCACUGUUUCAUGAACAUGGGCUAUGCAUACUCUCAGAUAGGAGACAUGGGAAAAGCUGGAGACUUCUUUCUUCAUGCUCUGCAAGCUGCUAAAGAUUGUGGUGACAGAAAAACAGAGUGGCAGAGCCUUGAAUCACUCGGAGCUGUUGCGUACAACGACAAAGCUUUUAACCGAGCUCAGACCUACUAUCGUGAUGCUUUGACCGCCUUUGCACAGUCCCCUGAAGCUGCCAGCGUCGAGACUCAAGAGAGAAUCCUUUCCAAGCUGAAGGAGAUUAUCCAGCAGCAAAUUCCUAAAGCUCCGCAGAAGAUUGAUGGGAGUAACUUUGCUGGGAAAGGUUCCCAUGUCAGUGAGGGUGAAGGUUCGUCUUCUGAGGAGGAAAAAGAAAACGAGAAAGUUGAUUCUCCUGGUACGAAGGUGGAAGGACGAGUGUUUGCUGUGAGAAGGAACUCUGGCGGUGUCAAAUAUCUCCGAGUGAGAAGGUCAGGGACUCUCAAACGAUUCAAGAAAGUUGCUCUUGGACUUGAUGAUGAGCUGACGAAUACUGGGGGAUCUCACCAUCCGGAGGUGUUUCGCUUGUUCAAAGCUGACGUCAAGGGAAAAAUACCCAGUGGGGAUGAGGAGUCACUCAUUGGAGCAAAUGAUCCUGAGGAUAUUGAUGAUGAAGAGUUGGAGAAUGGUCCCAAUGUGGUUGAGCUGAGAGAUGGAAACAGAAAGAGAUAUGUUAAAAUUCGCAAGUCUGGAUCCCUGAGGAAAUUCAAGGCUCAUGGCUCUGGUGCAAAGAAUGGAGAAGAAGAACGCAUCUAUGAAGUACUGGAGUCAGAUGGGGAACUAGACCCAGAGGAUGGACUCACUUCUCAGGAGGAUGAAGACAAAGAUGAUGAGGAAGAUGUGGAAAGCACUAAAAUUAGGCAUCAGCGCCCACCUGACUCGUAUGUGAAGUCUCCUGGCCGUAAAGUGCUGAGCGACACAAUGAGUGGGAGUGAGGAAGUGGAGGAGGUUGGCGACGACAACUCUGAUGAUGAUAGCGAAAAGGAAGAGCAGAAGAAGAUGAGAGCAGCCAUGGCAAAGUUUAAAGAUGCAACAACACUUAAAGAGGUGGAGGCUGAUGUUCAUGUGCAGGCAAGGAGAGGUGACGGUGAUUCUUCCUCUGAGCGUGAAGAAGAAACAAGUGAGGAAAGUGAAUCAGAUGACGAUGAAGAUGCUACAGAACGGAGGCGAGGUAAAGCUCCCACUCUGCCUUCCAGACCUCCACCUGAUACAGGUGAGGUACGAACGUAUGAGCGGCCUCUGAAUAACAGUGAAAAGAUCUACGAGACUAUCGAUCACAAACCUCCGUCGGGGCGUGGGCGUGACGGCGAUCAUGUGCAUUUCAAAGGUGAGCAGGAGAGCGGUUCUCUCUAUUCUCGAAGAGCGUCUGACCUUGAUGGACAUAAUUACUUCCAUUCUGAUGAGGAACCAAUGAGGAAAAUGAAAGAGGAAGUAUCCACUGGUGGUGAUGACCCUGAAGGUGGAGAAAAGAAUGACAGUCCUUCACUAACUCCGUCGCGGGCUCCGACACGCAGGGGACGAAACACGCCUGGAGCCGAGGACGGUUCUGAGGAUGAGAUCGUUGACGAAGCAAAGGAUGACGGAGACGACUCGGAAGAAACUCCAGAACUUUCUCGUGGUCAAAGUGACAUGCUUCAGUACGAGCAGUUCAAGUCAGACAUGGAGGGAAAGCGUCUGCGUAACCAAGACGAGCAAGAGAAAGGAGAUCAGAAGUCUUCAAAGCAUUGCAUUGUGAUGUAAAUUUGGAGACAACAUUGUGGUGGGUCACAAGGGCCCCUCUUCUCUGCUUUCAGCGGAAACUGAUACAACAACCUGCUUGCUGUUCGAUUUGUUUGGUAGUGUUUAGAGUAGAUUUCUUCACAUUUCUUCCCAUAACAAUUUUUGAAUUGUAAUCAAUUUUAGUUUUAAAAAAUCAGGUAAGUGGUACAUAAUUGUCACUCUGCAAACAGCCCAGGAGAUAAAGGAGUAAACUAGUGUUUAUUACUUACCCUGUGUGGUAAAGAUAAAUAUGUAUUAUCAUGUUUUUUGACACUUCUGUGAUCUCAUAAAUUGUUGAUUUUUAUGCAUUGUCCGCUAUUUUGAAUACAUUGAUUUAUACACCAAUUCCUAAGAUAAAACAGCUAAACCUGUGAUAUUGAAGUGCUUUUUAUGCUACAAGGACUAUUCCCAAUUUCCUUGAACCCUGUGGACAAUUAUUUUUUCAACAUACAACUUCUAAAAUGUGGGCUAAGUCUCUGAUAUGGUGACACUGGUUAUUGUAUGCCUACCCUAUGAGGCCAAUCAGCAUUAUAUCAACUGCUUACAUACAUUCUUACAGUGUUGAGAGUGGGUGCUCCUAUCAGAAUGAAUCAACAUUCCUGUUUGUUUGUUACUCCUCCUUUCAUUUUUCCUGGUGAAAAAGCUAUUAGCCUACUGUAUACUGUUGUUUCUGUAUUUUAAUAUUUCAAUUCAUUAAAAUUUUAUUAGAACUGCACA